CAAUACUUAACAGGCCUUCUCACCUUUGCAUUCAUCAUCCUCCUCUUACCUCCCCCCCCACCCCUUCCUCCUUCUUUUUAUACCCUGCUCUCUCAGCUUUGUUAAUUUCCUGCGCUUGUUCUGGUAAACCGCUGUUGCCACAGGACAAGGAACUGAUAAUUCUCUUAUCUGAUAUUCUGAAUUCUUGUCAACUCAACGUUGAUUCUGGUCUCUUGUGAUAUCAACACAAGAUGCGAUCUUUCACACCUUGGGUCCUGGGCCUCUUGGGCGCUUCUGCUGUGGUGUCUGCCGGUGAUGCUCAAGCUGAUGUCCCGUCUGACGUGAAGUCAUUGACCCAGGACACCUUCAAUGAUUUCAUCAAGGAGCAUGAUUUGGUGUUGGCGGAGUUUUUUGCACCAUGGUGCGGUCACUGCAAGGCCCUAGCCCCAAAAUAUGAGGAAGCCGCCUCUCAGUUGAAAGACAAGAACAUCCCGCUGGUCAAGAUUGAUUGUACUGAAGAGGAAGAGCUUUGCCGGGAUCAGGGCGUGGAGGGCUAUCCCACCUUGAAGAUCUUCCGAGGUGUUGACUCGAGCAAGCCUUACCAGGGAGCUCGGCAGACUGAAUCUCUCGUUUCAUACAUGAUCAAGCAGUCCCUCCCAGCGGUUUCCAGUGUCAACGAAGAAAACCUCGAGGAUACUAAGACCAUGGAUAAAAUCGUUGUGAUCGGCUAUUUCUCGUCCGACGACCAAGCAGCCAACGACGCGUUCAACGCCUUGGCAGAGGCGCAGAGGGACAACUACCUCUUCGCUGCAACGGACGAUGCGGCUAUCGCGAAGGCAGAGGGCGUCGAGCAACCCUCUCUCGUCCUUUACAAAGACUUCGAUGAGAAGAAAGCUAUCUACACGGGCGAAAUCGAGCAGGACGCUGUUCUGACUUGGGUGAAGACUGCUAGUACGCCUCUUGUCGGUGAGAUUGGUCCCGAGACCUACUCUAGUUACAUCACGGCCGGCAUUCCCCUCGCCUACAUCUUUGCGGAAACUUCCGAGGAGCGUGAGAAGUUUACUGAGGACUUCAAACCGAUCGCCGAGAAGCACAAGGGCCUUAUUAACAUUGCUACGAUUGACGCCAAAAUGUUUGGAGCUCACGCUGGAAACCUCAACCUUGACCCUCAGACCUUCCCCGCAUUUGCCAUUCAAGACCCCGAGAAGAAGGCCAAGUAUCCUUAUGACCAGUCCAAGGAGAUCACGGCCAAGGACGUCGGCAAGUUCAUUCAGGAUGUUCUCGGCGGCAAGGUCGAGCCCAGCAUCAAAUCCGAGCCAAUCCCUGAGAGCCAGGAGGGCCCUGUGACAGUUGUCGUGGCCCACUCUUACAAGGAGCUUGUCGUCGACAACGAGAAGGAUGUUCUUCUUGAAUUCUAUGCGCCGUGGUGCGGACACUGCAAAGCUCUCGCUCCCAAGUACGAAGAACUCGCCAGCCUCUAUGCCGAUGUUCCCGAUCUUGCGUCCAAGGUCACCAUUGCCAAGAUUGAUGCGACAGCCAACGAUGUCCCGGACUCGAUUACAGGAUUCCCCACAAUCAAGCUCUACCCUGCCGGCGGCAAAGACGCCCCUGUUGAAUACGCUGGGUCGCGCACUGUGGAAGACCUUGUCAAUUUCGUGAAGGAGAAUGGCCAGCACAAAGUUGAUGCUCUUGCCAACACCCAGGAAGGUGGCGAUGCUACCGAAAGCCCUUCCGCUUCGAGCGAGACUGAGGCUCCUGCCGCCACUGAUGACAAGGCUGACCACGACGAACUGUAAAGUUGAUAAAUUUUAUGAGAUCUAUAAUCUUCAAAUUGAACGUCGCUCUGGAAUUGUUUUUGCGGUUACAAAUGCUUCCCCGCCGGCUUAGAUCAUGCUGUUUGCUGCGAAAGUAUUCAUGGUUGUAGAUCCUCCACCCGUACUUUCAUGCAGUUUUCAAGGUCCUCCGACCAGGCGGCUUCCUGAAUUCUUCCUCUUGACCUCGUGGAGAUAGGCUGGUAGACGCUAGGGCAGCAACAAAAUCACCAUGC